UUCUGUAACAUGUGACUCUCUUGCGCAUGCGUAAACCAUGAACGCACAUCCAUCCCAUUCCGAACAGGAAGCACGGAUCCGGUGACCACACGGUAAAAGUUUAGAAACUGUCGGAAUGUUGAUAUUCAUCGUACAUAAAUAUAUCUACGUGUAAGAAAUAUUUUAAGAAGACACCCUGUACUCUGAUUUUAGUCUAUUGGAAAGAAGACUGCUGGGAAGCUACUGGGAUUUCUGGGAAGAGCUUUCAUCGCAGUUCAUUUACACUUGAAAUAUUUUAAGAAGACAUCCUGUACUCUGAUUUUAGUCUGCUGGAAAGAAGUCUGCUGGGAAGCUACUGGGAUUUCUGGGAAGAGCUUUCAUCUCAGUUCAUUUACACUUGAAUGAAAUGUCACCGUCUGGUUCUCAUGACACUAAAAGCCGUGAAAGACGGAUUGGUUCAAAAAAUGGCAAGGAGAGAAAUCACCUCUGCUCAAUGUGUGGGAAAAGUUUCACACGGAAAAGUACUCUCAAUGUACACAAACGGAUUCACACUGGAGAAAAACCUUAUCAAUGCACAGACUGCGGGAUGCGGUUUAAUGAUCAGAAAAGUCACAAAAUCCAUCGCCACAUUCACACAGGAGAAAAACCGUAUCAGUGCACAGAGUGUGGGAAGAGUUUUAUACAACUAGCUGCUUUUAAAGGCCACCAGCGGGUUCAUACAGGAGAAAAACCGUAUCAGUGUACAGAGUGUGGGAAGAGUUUUUCACAGCUGAAUACUCUCAAAGUCCAUCAGCGUGUUCACACAGGAGAGAAGCCAUAUUGGUGCUCAGUGUGUGGGAGGGGUUUUUCAGAACAGAGAAGUCUCAAAGCCCACCAGGUCAUUCAUACAGGAGAGAAGCCGUAUCAUUGCACAGAAUGUGGAAAGAGUUUUACAGAGCAGAGAGGUCUCAAAGACCAUUUGCGCAUUCACACAGGAGAGAAGCCGUAUCAGUGCACGGAGUGCGGGAUGAGAUUUACGUUACGUGGUGUUUUUAAAAUCCACCAGCGUGUUCACACAAGAGAGAAGCCGUAUAAGUGCAACGAGUGUGGGAAGAGUUUUACACACAAUAGUGCUUUUAAAACCCACCAGCGCAUUCAUACAGGAGAGAAGCCGUAUCAGUGCAACGAGUGUGGGAAGAGUUUUACACACAAUAGUGCUUUUAAAAUCCACCAGCGCAUUCACACAGGAGAGAAGCCCUAUCAGUGCAACGAGUGUGGGAAGAGUUUUACACAACAAGGAGCUUUUAAAAUCCACCAGCGCAUUCAUACAGGAGAGAAACCGUAUCAGUGCACGGUGUGUGGAAUGAGUUUUGCGUAUAAAAGUAUUUUUAGAGCCCACCAACACCUUCACACAGCAGAGAAGCCAUAUCAUUGCACGGAAUGUGGGAUGAGUUUUAUAUAUAAAAGCGUUUUUAAAACCCACCAGCGUGUUCACAAUGGAGAGAAACCGUAUUGCUGCAAACAGUGUGGGAAAAGUUUUUCAAACCCGUUGAAUUACAGAAAACACGAGCGAAUUCACACAGGAGAGAAGCCUUAUAUCUGCUCAAUAUGUGGGAAAAGUUUCAAACGAAAAAGUACUCUCAAUGUACACAAACGGAUUCACACUGGAGAAAAACCUUAUCAGUGCACAGACUGCGGGAUGCGGUUUAAUAAUAAGAAUAGUCACGAACUCCAUCGCCGCAUUCACACAGGAGAAAAACCGUAUCAGUGCACAGAGUGUGGGAAGAGUUUUAUACAACUAGCUGCUUUUAAAGGCCACCAGCGGGUUCACACAGGAGAAAAACCGUAUCAGUGUACAGAGUGUGGGAAGAGUUUUUCACAGAUGACUCGUCUCAAAGUCCAUCAUCGCAUUCACACAGGAGAGAAGCCAUAUUGGUGCUCAGAAUGUGGGAGGGGUUUUACAGAGCAGAGAAGUCUCAAAGCCCAUUUGCACGUUCACACAGGAGAGAAGCCGUAUCACUGCACAGUGUGUUGGAUGAGUUUUACACAUUAUGGUUCUUUUAAAAUCCACCAGCGUAUUCACACAGGAGAGAAGCCGUAUCAGUGCAACGAGUGUGGGAAGAGUUUUACAUACAAAGGUGCUUUUAAAAUCCACCAGCGCAUUCACACUGGAGAGAAGCCGUAUCAGUGCAACGAGUGUGGGAAGAGUUUUACACACAAUAGUGCUUUUAAAACCCACCAGCGCAUUCACACAGGAGAGAAGCCGUAUCAGUGCACAGAGUGUGGGAAGAGUUUUACACGACAGGGAGCUUUUAAAACCCACCAGCGCAUUCACACAGGAGAGAAGCCGUAUCAGUGCACAGAGUGUGGGAAGAGUUUUUCGGAGCAGAAAUGUCUUAAAGUCCACCAGCGCAUUCAUACAGGAGAGAAACCGUAUCAGUGCACGGUGUGUGGGAUGAGUUUUGCAUAUAGCAGUGUUUUUAGAGCCCACCAACACAUUCACACAGGAGAGAAGCCAUAUCAUUGCACGGAAUGUGGGAUGAGUUUUGUAUAUAAAAGCGUUUUUAAAACCCACCAGCGCAUUCACUCCGGAGAGAAGCCGUAUUACUGCACACAAUGUGGAAAGAGUUUUUCAGAACUGACUAUUCUAAAUGUCCACCAGCUUGUUCACAUGGGAGAGAAACGGUAUUGCUGCAAACAGUGUGGGAAAAGUUUUUCAGAUUGGUCGAAUUACAGAACACACGAGCGAAUUCACACAGGAGAGAAGCCUUAUAAUUGCUCCCAGUGUGGAAAGACUUUUACUCGAAAUAGUCAUCUUAAAAGACAUCAGCUCACUCACACAAAAGAAAAGACCCCACUGUGAUCACAUUGUGGAAAAGGUUUUAAACAACAAACUGAUGGGAUUACUAAAUUAGUGAGUCUAAUUUGAGUAGCGCUAUUGAUUAAUACGGAUUAUACUGAAUAUAUCUUGGCACGCCCAGCUGUCUGUGACUUUGGAAUGACGGUGGGAUAUCAUUUGUUUAUACCGCACCGAAGCCCAUCAUAUUUUUUUUUACUGUUUGCUGAGCCAAGACACUCUGUAACAAACUUGUCAUUUACCUGUUUGUAUACCUGUAGGUAUAGAAAAGGUUCAUCCAUUCAUCUUUGUGUUUGUGACAAAAAAAAUAUUUACUUGAUUAUUCCUAAAUCAAACUUGUGACAUUAGAGAUGUCAUAAACCUGGUCUGUUCACACUACAAUUUGAAACUUUGCAGCAGAAACUGAUUCUGAAAUAAAUUGUCUUUCUUCUAACAUCUGUAAAGCAACACAAAAGAAAUCCUGCUAUAAAUGAAUUUGGGUGAAUGGGCACGUUUACAUUACAUGAUGAUCACAUUACUGUUUCAGUGGAUAAUCUGACCUAGACAGAAGAUUUGCACAUAUCAACUGUUGACAUAAUCAAAAUAUAACAUAAUCAAAAUAAUGUCAUGUUUUAUACCAGAACUGCUUAUAUUGAGUAUCCAGUACUUUCUACUGUCUUAAAAAGUGUAAUGUUAUUAGUCCCCACUCUCAACUGUAACCUAGAAAAGGAGGUAUUUUCUUUAAAAAAAAAAAUGCUCUUAAUGUUUUUUUGUUGGCAAGACACAAUGCAGAUUGUCCUUGAUGUUUAGAGAGAAUUUAGAAAACCUCCUAGUUUUCUAUCAUGAACUAUGAAUAUUGAGAAGCACCCUCUACAUAUGAUUCAAAUAAACACUACAUAGCAUGACUGAGUUCUAGUGUGAAGUGUGUAAUGUUGGAUAAGUUUCACAUUGUCCUCCACUAUUUACAAAAAAAGCAUAUGUUCUUUGUAAAUGCCUUAAGUUUUAAUCAACAUUCUGCAAAUAAACUGCAGUAGAUAGUAUUGUUUAUCCAAGGUCCCUGGUUCAAUCAGGAGUUUGUGGUUUUCUGUGUGUUCUUUAAUCAUUAAAUUAUAAUAAACAAUUUGUUUUUACAUUA